CGCGGGACUUUUGUCUGUAGUUGAAUGUGUUUAAAGAACUCGUGCACAGGUAGAGAAGCUUUAGGACGCUCUCAGUCACUCUACGGUGAGGUUUCAUUGUGCUCCCAUCAGGUGGUAGAACGUUGCAAAGUGUUUUGGGAAUAAAAUAAAAAGAAUACCUAAAUAGAAAUCAUGAUAGAGAUACAACAGUUGCCGGAAGAUGUGUAUAAAAGUGUUGUAAAAUCAAUGAAAAUUUGUAGAUAGUUUUGUUUGCUUAAUCCUGGAAAUUCUCACAGUGAAGUUUUCCAAGAAUUUUCCCGGAGUUUUCCUUGAAAUACAACCCAGAGGAGUUUUUUGUGUUAAAUCAAGAAAGAAAUUAAAAAGUUUAUUAAAUUCCCAACAUGAAGAUAAAGCAGAGAUUCCUCAGUAACUAUGAUAGUGACGAUGCAAUGGAGGAUUGCGGCUUUCUCAAGUUCACCGAUAAUGACCUAAAAUCAUCCUUUUUGCAAGCUCUUGCCACCAUGAGGAAGCAUCGUCUCUUCUGCGAUGUUAUUCUCAAUGUUGGCAAUACCGACAUCCAUGCUCAUCGAAAUGUCCUGGCUUGCGUUUCGCCGUACUUGAUGGAAUUAUUUAGUGUUGAGCAGGAAACGCAAAGUGGAGCUGGUGAUGGAAGUAUUCCGAGUUAUCGCUUGAAUGGCGGUAUGAGCAAGAUUGCUCUGCAGGUUCUCGUGGAUUAUGCUUAUACAGCUACCCUGGAGAUUCCUGAUCCAUUGGUGAAGGAUGUCUACUUGGCUGCAUGGAAGUUGCGCAUGGAUCGGGUGGUUAGUGAGUGUGCCAGGCAUUUAAUAUCCGAAUUGACGCCUGAAUCGUGCAUUGAGACGCGUUCAUUGCCUGGAAUUGCCAAAAAUAAGGCAUUUGUCCUCGAAGUGGAUUCCUUCAUUGCUAAGCAGUUUGCUGAUGUGAAUCAAUCUGCGGAAUUUUUGCAAUUACCCUGUGUGCAGAUUGAGGUGCUGUACCAAACAAAGCAAGAGAUGUCCCUUGUGACCCAUAAUUCCCUUGCACGCCUCGUUCUUGACUGGGUGAAGCGUCAAUUGUCCGAGGAGACACUCUCAAUGCCGCACCUCCUUGAACGGAGUCAUUUGCUCUAUUUGGCAUUGGAUAAUUCCCUUCAGGAUUGCUCAGACCUCCCGCCGGGGCAUGAAUCUGAGUCGGAAUUGGUGCAGGACUACAAGCGUCUCGUGCUUAAGUGCCCCAGCAAUAAGGCACGUCGCAAGUGUCUAGCCGCCCCCAUACGACCACGCGUGCUGAUCUACUCACGUGACAUUGGGGGCGAACGUGAGGAGGUUGAGGGGAAUUUCCAGCCAGACUGGAGUGUUUUGGGCAGUAUAAAGGUGGCUGAUAAUAUGUUUGUGGCCCUCGUGACACUCGAUGGGGCACUCACGCGAAUCUCCAUCCAGCUACGUCUCAAUGCCCCAGCGAGUGUGUCACCCAUUCACACGCCCGAUGCCAUAAUUUUUGGCACGAAGAGUGACACGGAAGAGGAUGCUCCGGAGCUCUUUUGCGAAGUUGCUGCAAUGUCCGGACCAAAAUGUGGGCUCGGUGUGGCUGAACUCGAUGAGAAACUUCUCGUUUGCGGUGGAUACGAUCGAGGUGAAUGCCUCCGUCUUGUUGAGACGUACAGUCCGGAGGAGAAUGUGUGGUCACAGCAACCCCAUAUGAUUGAGGCACGUGGUCGUGUGCAAAUUGCCGUGAUUGAGGGCACAACAUUCGCCGUGGGUGGUAGCAAUGGCACAACGGAGUUGGAUACAGUUGAAUGCCUGCCCGCGGGUGCAUCAAAAUGGCGCAAAUGCUGCCGACUACCGCUGGCAAGGAGCAAUGCUGGUGUGUGUGCCCUCAAUGGGAGAAUCUACUGCAUUGGCGGCUGGAAUGGACAGAGUGGUAUACGGCAGUGUGAUGCAUUGGACAUUGCGGAGGAUCGCUGGUCCAGCGUGCAGCCACUCAUCACGGGACGCACUCAGGCUGGUGUGACGGCAUUUGGGGGGAAAUUGUGGGCUGUGGGUGGAAGUGAUGCGUGGAAUUGUCUCUCUACGUGUGAAGUUUACGAUCCCGAUGUGGGACAGUGGACAGCAGCAGCGUCUCUCUUAACGGCAAGACGUGGAUGUGGUUUAGCAGUGUUCAAUGGGAAACUCUAUGCCAUUGGUGGUAGUGAUGGAUCCCAUUCACUUUCCACAACAGAAAUCUACGAUGAGGAGACUAAAGUUUGGACUCAAGGUCCAAAUCUCACGACACCUCGCUCAAAUGUCUCUGCUGUGGUUGUGAAGGAUAAACUUUAUGCUGUUGGUGGAUUUUCUGGUAAAACAUUCCUCAAUACAAUUGAAUACCUCGAUCCCAAUACGAACGAGUGGACAACAUUUGUGGCACAACCCGAGAAAGGCAACGGAAGUGCUGCUGAUGAUUUGGGGAUCAAGGAAGUUAAUGGAAGAGAGAUUAAUGGAUCAAAUGGGACCACAAAUGGAUCAACCAAUGGCGCCGAAGAAAAUAUCCCGCAUGAGGUAACAAAAAAUGGUAUCAAUGGGACGCAUAAAAGUCCUGAAAAUGGCAUUCACAUCAAUGGUGAUCAUGGUGAUGCAAUGGAAAGGAAAUUAUCCAUUGUUCUGGGGUACAACAGCUUCGCAGAGGCCGUAAGUGAGGCUCAAAAUGAAAAUGAAUAAGCUCUGCGUGGUUUAAAAGAAAUGUCGUUGGUAGCAAUUUUUUUUUGGAAAGCAGCAACACAUUGUUUAAAAAAAAUUCUUAUAUUUUUUUUUCUAAAAAUUUGUAGAAUUAUAAAAAGCAGCAUUAUAUUGCUUGAUUGUGUAGUGAUGAAACAAUCAUAAAUGUCGUCAUAACUUAAUAUUUAAAAAACAAACAAAACUAUACAAGAAUAUUUAAGAAAAAAAAAACAGAACAUGGUAAAAAAAACUGCACUCUAUAUGCCCAAAAUUGCAACACUUUUAACCAACUAACGUAAUUUAAAUUGAAGAAAAAGUAAAGAGAAAAUUUAAGGAAAAUCUAUUUUUAAAAUAAGGUCAUUUCUAAGGAAAUUAAAAAAAAAUAUUACUAAACAUUUUUCUGGGCUAAAGAUAAGACAUUUUUUUUGGUUCAAUCAUAAUAAAAAAAAAAGUUAAUUCCAAAUAUCAUAAAUUCUGGUGCCAUUUUUAAAUGAAAGAAAAACAAAACAUUAAUAAACUUCAGAUUUUUUUUUUGUUUUUGGAAGUUUAUUAUGUUUUUGCUACACGUUUAUGGCUGCAAUUGUUUCUCUUGAUAAAAUUUUAAAUAAUUCCUAAAGGAAAAAAAUGAAUUUGUAUGCAGGAAAAAAAAUUAAACGAACAUUUCUGUUGUCAUUCGAACCGGGGUUACUUAGAGUGUGAAACAUGUGUUCUAUACACUGCUCUAGAUACUUCUCAUUUCAGCAAAGUCUGAUAUAGUUCUCUGCGUGCAAAUUAAUUUUAUUUCCUUGAAAAUCUUUCAAUUUUUAAACAGAAUAAAAAAAUAUUCUGUUUCUAUAUUUAUUAUUUCUCAAGUUAAUUAUUUUUUCUUUUCUCAAAAAGCAUUAUUUUUUAAUUAUAAAAGACCUUCACUUUAGAAUGACAAACUUACAUCCAAGUUAAUGGCAUCUACUAGAUGAAGAGACACAGACAGAGAGUAUUUAGCAAAAAAAAAAGGACACAAGAAAUAAAAAUAAAAAAUAAAUUUGAAAAGGUAAGAAAUUCUAUAUUAUUUUUAUAUUAUUAUAAUUUAUUUUUUGAGCAAAUAUAAAGACAAAAAUACACAUAAAAUAAAACAACAGAAUAUGAGCUAUCAAUAAAUAAAAUUAUGUGUUUGGGGUUUCUAAAGGAAUGAAAGGUUUUUUAUAAUAAUAAAAAAAUAAAUAAAAGUGUUUAUAAGCAGGGAAUUUUUCCAAUUAACGAAGAUGAAAAAUUAAAAAGAAUUUAGUGUCUUCAUUGCAUUUGCUGCCAUUUUUAAGAGUGAAAAAAAAAAUGUAAUUAAAUCACACACUAUGUCCACUUUUAUUAAAAAUUUAUUAUAUUUAAAAAUGAAGAAGAGAUGUUGUCUCUAUCCACCAAUUUUAAAAAGAAAACUUUAAAAAUAUUUAAUAAAAAUGCAUUGCGGAGGAUUUUUUUUAUUUAUUGAUAGCUCUUCACCCCCAAAUACAUCGGCUAACUGCAAUAUUUUUGAUGACGACAAAACUUUGAAAAAACUUGAAAGAAAAAUUGUUGAUAAAUCUUUAACAAAAAAAACCGAAACAUAAUGUUUUCCAUCUUUCAAAAAUUAAUAAAUAAACAUACAAAAUGAAAAAUCAUAGCAAUUUUAAGAAUAUAUAAAAAAAAUAUAUAAUAAAGAGAUUAAAUAAUGAGAAAAAAUAUAAAAUAAGAUUUUAAAGAAUAAAGCUCAUUAUAACACGAUAUUAUUGUGUGUGAAAUUUAAUUUCAAUCACCAUAUUAACUAAAAAAAUAAAAAUAUUGUGAUGUAAAUGUUUUAAAAGAAAAUCUAUAAGAAAAUGAGUGGAAAACAUCGGUGAGAAUUUUUGAGAAAGUUAGUAAAAAAAACAGAAAAGAAACAAAAUAGACUGAAAGGAAUUUAUAAUUUAAAAGAAAUGAGUAAAAAAAAACAAUUUAUAAAAUACAUUUCCAAUAUUUGAGAGUUAUAAAAGAAAACUAUAAAACAACUUUGAAAAAAAAGUGGGGAAAAUCCAAAUGAAAAAAAAACACGAAAUUUGGAAUAUUUUAUUGCAGCAAUUCUUUUUGUGAUGCACAUCUUUUUGAGACGGAGGAUGAUUUUAAAAGACAAAAAAAAUUAAAUGAGGGAUUUAAAUGUAUAAUUUUUUAGUGUCCUAACAUUGAGAAAAAAAAUAGAAAAUACUAUACAAAAAAAUCAAUGUCGUAGUGAAAAAUCCUAUAAAUUCAAAGGAACUUUGCACAAAUGGCUUCAUCAGUUUGAUAUGGAUUGUGGGUGGAGUUUUUAUUAUCCAAUGAAAAUGCAGGUAGAAAUCUUUUUUGACAUAUAACUGAAGAAGAAGAAGAAGUAUUCUCUCUGAUUGGUUGAAUAAUUUUUACUAAGCUGUCUAUUGGUUAAUUCUGACCCUAAACUCUUCUUCUCCAUUUUGGUGGAGUUUCAGUGCAAAGUUAAUUUGAAUACCAUUCUAAAUAAAAUAUAAUGAGAAAAAGCUAAUUUUAAGGAAAUAAAAAAAAUCAUUUUCUCAUAUACGAUAAAUAAAAAAAAUGAAAUGAAUAAAUCAUUUUGAUUUAAUUGUGAUUUUACAACCUCUAUGGAAGAAAAACAAACUUAUCUCAAUAUUUACAAAAAAGAAAAAAACAAAAGAAAAAUUAAUAAAAUGCAUAUGGAAGUUUAAGGAAAAACAAUAGCAGUGGCAUAAUUUGCUACUUUAUCCGAUUUUUUUUACUAAAUUUUCUUUGCCAUUGACGCCAUCUUGAAUUUUACUGUAUUAAUGAUUUUAUUUUCUACUAUUUCAUUCUUUCAAAAAUUUUAUUUUUUAAAAGAACAAUUUAAUAUCAACUAUUGCCUUCAAUCAAAAGACAUUAAGUCCAUAAAGCACACUUUGUUGCAAAAAAAAAGAUGGCGUCAUAAGAAUACGAAAAAAAACAUAAUUUUUGGUUACAAACAUAAAAGUUUCAUGAGAUUUUUUAUUGUGUGACAAUGUUAUUAAAAAAAAACUGAAAAAGAAAACAUAAAUUUGUGCGAAAUCUAA